AUGACAACAAUCAAGGAUGGGUGGUUUGCUGAGAUAAAUAACCAAUGGUAUGGACAAGCAAUGGCAUUUGAAAUCAAGAAAAUUUUAUGUCAUAAAAAGUCACAGUAUCAAGACAUACUGAUAUUUGAGAGCAAAUCUCAUGGAAAUGUGCUGGUUCUUGAUGGUUGUGUCCAGUGCACAGAUAGAGAUGAAUUUACAUAUCAAGAAAUGAUUACGAAUCUCCCAUUGAAUUCACAUCCCAAUCCUAAAAAGGUAUUAGUUAUUGGUGCUGGCGAUGGUGGAGUGAUUCGUGAAAUUGCAAAACAUCCAUGUGUUGAGUCCAUCGUUCAAUGUGAAAUAGAUGAGGAAGUUGUAAAUAUGGCAAAGAAGUAUUUGCCCAACAUGUCUUGUGGCUACAACAGUCCUAAGCACACACUUCAUGUUGGAUGUGGCAAAGAAUUUAUGAAGAAACAUACAGGGGAAUUUGAUGUUGUUAUCACUGACUCUUCUGAUCCAAUAGGACCAGCCGCUUCGUUGUUUCAAAAGGAAUAUUAUGAAUUCGUGAAAUCUGCUUUGAAACCAAAUGGUAUUCUUUGUAGUCAAGGGGAAUGUCCGUGGCUUGACAGCGAAUUUAUUAGGAAUAUGGUGAAGUUUUGCAAACCAUUGUUUCCUGUUGUUCAGUAUGCCUACACAAAUGUUCCGACAUAUCCGUGUGGGCAAAUUGGAUUUCUGAUGUGCGGUCGUAGUCCGGAAACAAGGUUUGAUCAACCAUUUAGAGCGUCUCCAGAAUCGCUGACAUCUUUUAAUUUCAAGUUUUAUAAUCCGAAACUACACAAAACCGCUUUGGCUAUUCCAGAGUUUUUUUAUAAGCAACGCAAGGACUAUCAAAAAGCGGACGAAAUGAAGGACAAAGAUUGGUUUUGGGAGAAACGAAUAAAUGCUCCGGGACAGUCGUUUGGUUUAAUCAAAGAGAUUGUACAAUUUAAUGAAAAGAUUGGCGAUCAUGAUGUACUGGUGUUUGAAAGUUAUAUAUAUGGUAAAGUGUUGGUGGUUGAUAACGCCAUAAAAUGCACCGAGCGAGACCAAGCAUUGUAUCACGAGUCCUUGGUACAUCUUGCUUUAAGUUGUCAUCCUGAUCCUAAGAAGGUGUUGAUCCUUGGCGGGUUAAGUGGAGGUAUUAUACAAGAGGUCUCAAGAUAUGGUUCAGUUCAGGAAAUUAUCCAAUGCGAGACAAGCCAGGCUCUUCUGGAUAUUUCCAAGAAAUAUUUCAAUAAAACGUCGACGGGAUAUGACAAUCCCAAGCUAAAAGAACUUCAUAUCGGUUGUUACACAGAGUUCCUCGUGGCAAACUCCAAGGCUUACGACGUUAUCAUAACAGUUCCAACGGAAGCGUUUUUGCAGCCUAAAACAAGCGACGUUUUAAAAUCAGCUUUGAAACCAAACGGUAUCGUUAUAUCUCAACUUCCAAGUUUCUGGUUAGAGCUGGAUGCUAUUAACUCCUUAUACAAGUACAAUAAGGCAUCAUUCCCAACAGUCCAACUUGCAUAUUCCUGGAUCCCAACCGCACCAUUUGGACAAGUUACUUUCAUGUUACGAAGCCUAAAUCCAGAUACCUGCUUUGAAGCCCCGGUUCAGCCAUUAUCAGAGAAAGAAACCUGCCAUCUGUAUUUUUAUAAUGCUGAAGUGCACAGUGCAUGCUUUGCUUUGCCAGAAUUUGUGAGAAAAGUCAUCGAAAGUUGAUAGUCGAUAAUGAUAAUGAUUUUAUUUAUUUAUUUUUACGCUGGGAAAUAUAUAUAAAUUAAAAUAGUGAAUAAAUUAUAGCAUAUUUCGUUCUCAUAUAUAAAUAUUAAAUAUAAUAUAACCAUGCAUGCUUUAAAUGGUCUAAU